AAGAUUCUGAUCAUGGAUGAGGCCACCGCUGCUGUGGAUCUGGAGACUGAUCGCCUCAUCCAGACAACCAUCCAAAAGGAGUUCUCCCACUGCACCACCAUCACCAUCGCUCACAGGCUGCACACCAUCAAGGACAGUGACAAGAUAAUGCUCCUAGACAAAGGGAAGAUUGUAGAGUAUAGCAGCCCUCAAGAACUGCUGAGAAAAUUGGGCCCCUUUUAUUUGAUGACCAAAGAGGCUGGCAUUGAAAGUGUGGACAGUACAUCAUUCUGACAGUAGGUCCCACGGGUUGGGAAAGGACUAUAGGGAUCACGUCUGAUUUUUUGUGAGUGCAGUCACACAGAAGUGUAUAAAAUGUACAUUCUGAAGCAGGAUCACAUUCUAUCCAGCUACAGUAGAACCCCCCAACCCUGCUGUGAUGAUCCCAUUUUGAUUAUACCUCCUUCCUACUUACCUUCCCAGAGAUAACUCCUAUCCUGAAUUUUGUGAUAAUCAUUUUCUCUUGCUUUUCACUUUAGUUUUACUACUUGGUAUGUACCCUUAAACGAGGUGUAUCUUUUUUAAUUUA